UUCCACCCAGUAAGCACCAUGGUUUCGAAGUACAUAAUUUCCUUUUUCCUAUUUGCUGGUGCGGUUCUAGUAUCCAGCCGAUACACUCCAAAGAUAGUCGGAGGCGAAGAUGCACUACCUCACGAAUUUCCCUAUCAAAUCUCGCUGCAAUGGAACUAUAACGAGGCAUACAAACCCACGAAGCAUAUGUGUGGAGGAUCUAUUCUGGAUGAGUACCACGUUCUGACGGCCGGCCAUUGCUACGUCAAAUACUCGGAAGAUGGGCACUUUGAAGUUGUAGCCGGAGCACAUGAUCUGACAGCUGCUGCUGCAACUAAGGAAAACGAACAGCGCCGCCUGGUGGAAAGUUUCACCGUUCAUGAAAGCUACGACGGAGAUGUUGGUCCCGAUGAUUUGGCCAUCAUUCGCGUUAAAGAACCUUUCGUGCUGGAUGAGUACGUUCAAACUGUCAGCCUGCCGGAACAUUUGGAAGAAUUCGAAGGAAAGGCCAUGCUGAGCGGAUGGGGAUCGAUUUCGAACAGUUGGAGUCAAGAGUAUCCCGAUACAUUGCAGAAAGCUAAUUUGCCCCUUCACUCCUAUGAGGAAUGCUCUGAAUUUUAUGACGCCAGCACUCCAUUGGCGGAAAGCAACAUUUGUGCCGGGGAGCCCGAUGGAUCUAGCAGCGGAUGUUCGGGUGAUUCUGGUGGCCCCUUGGUUGCUCAAAUCGAAGGACGCAGUGUUCAGAUUGGAGUUGUAUCCUGGGGAGCGAUACCCUGUGGACAAAGGUCUCGACCGACUGUAUUCGUGGCUGUUUCUCACUAUAUUGACUGGAUUAAUGGCAAAUUAAUGAAAUAA